UACUUAGGUCUGUUUGGCUUUAUGUAUAUUUAAUCUCCUGAGUUAUGUAUUUGUCCUUGGGAGAAUUGUCAGUUCACUGGUACAACCCGGUCAACUGAACGCUGUCACAUCAUGUGAUUGUAAGUUUAAUCCCUGGCAGAACCUCAACCAAUGGACUUGCGACCGUGAGGAUCCUUGACUGACCCUCAACCAAUAGUCGUAAGACUUUUGAGUUAUUUCCCCUUACUCUGAGUUGUAUUUAAUCACGAGAUUUUCAUGUCCAGGGGCCGCCAGAUUGACCUAGGGACCAGGAGAGGUGUGCCUGUGGUUAGUGUCAUUAUCUUGUACAUAAAUUAAAAAGGUAUUCAUAGUUUAAGUCGUGUGAGUCUCUUCGAUUUGUCGUGUUUUACCCCUAGACUGCAUUAACGAGCUCACGGCAAGUUGUUGAGAUUCCGUUACAACGUCUUCUAUCGGUACCAUACCAAACGAACCUGGGGUGUCCGCUCCUGACUGGCUGUCGGAGGUCGGACAUAACAAGUGAGGGCUCGACCGGUAUUUUGAUUUAUGUGCAAGUUUGGCAUUAGUUUGAGUUUGUGAUUUAGAGUUUGGUCAGUAGUUCGAAGAAGUUGAACUAGUUAUUGAGUAGUUGUUUUUGUUAUCAGUUGAAGGUAAACAUUGUUACUUUGUAGCUAUGGAGGCUUUGUUGUUAAGUCCUACUGUGGAAGCAGUUGAGAACUUAAGUAGGAAAGAGUUGAUAACAGUUGUCAAAAAGUUAAACCUGGACUAUAUUGUUACUCAGACCUCUAGGGUGUUGAAGGACAAAGUUAUUGUUUACUUCAUUAAUGAAGGCAUGCUAGAUGAGAGUCUUCUUUCUGAAGUUUUGGCACGGGAAGUGGAAAUUGUUGAUAGGGAGUUUGAGGCCAGACUAAAGUUAGAAAGAGAAGUUCAGAUGAAGCGGUUAGAAUAUGAGUUUGGUAUUAUUGGCAGUAGUUCGAGGUCAGAAGGUCCUUCUCAGUUGUCUGUGGCCCAAACAUUGGCCCAGUUUUGCAAAUUAGUCCCUAAGUUCGAUGAGUCAGAUCUUGUCGUAUUUUUUAAUACAUUUGAGAACAUGGCUGAAAGUUGUCAAUGGCCUAGUAACGUAGUCACGACGUUAUUAAGCACUGUUUUAAUUGGUAAGGCUGCCACCACAUACCAGGCACUCUCUCGCGAAGUCCAGUCAGAUUACAAAAAGGUCAAGGCUGCCAUUCUGAAGGCUUACGAAAUAACUCCAGAAGCCUACAGAAUUAAGUUCAGAAAAAUUAGGAAACAACAGAACCAAACAUAUGUUGAGUUCCUUUUUGAAAAAGAAAAAGUCUUUUCAAGAUGGCUCCAUUCUGAGAAUGUCGACGACUUCGACAAACUCAGAAGUCUGAUACUAAGAGAAGAUUUCCUCAACGCAGUACCUGAAGAGAUCAGACUACACAUCUUGGAUAACCGAAUAACAGACAUCAAAAGGGCAGCAGAAUCAGCUGAUACCUUCGAGCUGGUGCAUAAGAAGUCACAGGGUUCUGGUACCAAAUACAAUCCGUUACUACCUCUCAUCAGCAACAAUCCCUCUGCUGGCCAGUUGCUGAGAUCUCGUCAAUCAACACAGAUACCCAGAGUCACAGCCAGGCGACUGAUCUGCCACUAUUGUUCCAAGCCUGGGCACAUCAUCAAGAACUGUUUCCUGCGACAGCGAGACAACAGAGAGUAUGUACGAACAUCUCGUAACGCUCUCCCCCACCAAGCAAGUCCAAAGGUGAACCUCGCCCGUCGUGAUGUCACUACACCAGCGUGUCCACAGGGAGGUAACGAAGUGACCACCACUUUCGUCCAGUCAUCUUAUGACUAUCCUCUUCACCAACCGGUUACAUCAGCAGCAACCAAUUGUGAAGAAUCGAGAACUGUUGGCUUCACGUCAUUCAUGACAGAUGCUGUCAUCAGCAACCCUGGAGACCCAACAUCAUCGCGGAACAUCGUAGUCCUAAGAGACACUGGGGCUUCUCAGUCACUUUUGCUGAGAGACUCAUUGAACAUCGCUCCAGAAACCAACACCGGUGAUGUCACCAUCAUUCAAGGAGUAGGAGCUGAACCAACAGUAGUUCCACUACAUAAGUUCAACUUGAGACAUCAGCUCAUCCAAGGAGAUGUCAUCCUUGGGGUGAUAGAUUCCAUACCUGUCCCAGGAGUACACCUGCUUCUAGGGAAUGACCUAGCGGGAAGCAAAGUCCACCCCCAGGAAGUUCAGAACCCGUUCUCUACAGACCCCGACGGUGAAAAUGAACUGUUCUUUUGGCCGAGAAUGCACAACGAUGACACCCGUUAUUGCAGACAUUGUAAGAACUGUCAGUUGGUUGGGAAUCCCAGUCAAAAUAUUCCCAAGGCCGAUGAGACCGAUUCUUGUGCUAGACGAAGCAUUUAACAAGAUUACCAAGGACUGCGUCACCUACUUCCCAGACCGGAGAAAGAAACAACUGGUUUAUCAUGUAAACUCACUAUCUCUUUCUCCACAGCUAAGUUUAUGUUACAUAUAAGUAUUUCGAGUAAAUUUGAUGAUGCUACUCUUAAAUUGUUAAAGUCCCCAUUUUUGACCCAGUUAGGUCAUAUUGAACAUUUAUCUUCUAAUGAGAAUCAGACAUUCUCACAGGUAGUUAAAACUUUACCCUCCAUGCUUAGAGAUGGCAGGUUACUAUAGGCGGUUUUGUAAAAACUUUUCAGCUGUAGCUGAACCACUUACGGCCUUAUUGAAAAAGGGUGUUGAGUUUGAAUAGUCAACUAAAUGUCAUGAAGCCUUUUUGACCAUUAAGUCAUUUUUAUCAAAUGCUCCUGUUAUGGCUGCACCAGAUUUCAGCAAGCCUUUUAAACUUGCCAUUGAUGCUAGCAGUUUAGCCAUUGGCUCAGUCUUAUUCCAGGAAGACAACCGAGGGAUCGAUCAUCCAAUAGCCUUUUUCUCUAGAAAGUUAAAUGAGAAUCAAAAGAAUUACUCCACUAUUGAAAAAGAAGCAUUAGCUUUAGUCCUGUCCUUACAGCAUUUUGAAGUCUAUGUCACCUCUUCCAUCAAUCCAGUCAUGGUAUUUUCUGACCAUGAUCCUCUUAAGUUCACUACUAAGUUGGGACAGAAUAACAACAGAAUUUUAAGAUGGUGUCUAUUUUUCCAAAAUUUUAAUCUGGUUAUUUCCCAUAUUAAAGGAACUGACAACAUUGUAGCUGACUGUUUGUCAAGAAUGUAAAACAACUUUUGAUGUUCACCUUGAUCUUGUGAAACUUUUUUGGUUAGUUAUAACCAUUUUGCAAAUGUUAUGUUUGAUCAAACUGUAGCUUAGUGGCUGGAGUUCCAAGCUUUCAAUCAGAUCAGGAUUGUACGUUUUGUACGAAACUGAUUACUUGUUGGAAAUGCCUGUUAUUUUCAAAUGAACCUUAUUUAAAGG